ACACGCUGCUCAAAACAGUUCUGACAACAUCUAUGUAUUCGUCAGAAAGGAGUGUUUUAAACAACGAUUUCCCGGCCAGAGAACGGAUAGUGAAGUGGGUGAUAUGAUCCGAAACGAAACAUUUCAAGAAUAGAGGAAUUGAAAGAGCAACCUUUCAUCAGUCGGUCACUUUUAUGGUUUGAUAACACACAGCAAAAGGUACCCAUCGAACAGGUGGGUGAAGUGACAGCUAAUGGGAACUCACUGGUCUCAAAACAACGAGACGCUCCUAAACUGCUCCGAUAACGGGGUCAGGAUAAGGCAAGGCUACCAGGCUGAUGAUGAUGACUCCUUGGACGGUCUGGAUAGGCAGGAAGACAUUGCACAGUUUCCAUACGUGGAGUUCACUGGACGAGACAGCAUUACAUGUCCAACUUGCCAAGGCACUGGGCGAAUCCCCUCAGAUCAGAUAAAUGAGCUGGUUGCACUGAUUCCAUACAGUGAUCAGAGGCUUCAGCCGCAAAGAACGAAGCUGUAUGUGGUGCUGUCUGUGGUGCUGUGUCUGCUGGCCUCCUCGUUUGUGGCGUUCUUCUUGUUCCCUCGCUCUGUGGUGGUGAAGGAUAAUGGCAUUCGCACGGUGACCGUGCACUUUGAUCACAACAACAGCAAAGUGCUCAUCAACAUGACCAGCACUUUGAGCUUUAGCAACCCCAAUUUCUUCACGGUGAUGGUGGACAGCCUAAACUGUCAGGUACUCUACAUGAAGACUGUCAUUGGCACCCAGCAGCUGGACAACGUCAUCCACAUCCCGCCCCUCAGUGAGAGACCGGUGAAUUUCAGUGUGAGUGUGGAGAUCAGUGGGAGUCUCUCUUAUGUGUAUGCCUUCUGCUCCAUGGCCAGUAUUAAGGUUCACAACAUUGUCGUCUUCAUGCAGACCUCUGUUAAAACAUCCUAUAUGGUGCGCAGCACGCAGAACACACUGGAGGCCUAUCGCUAUAUCGACUGUGGUGCCAACUCCACAAUUCACAGGUCUUCAGAUAUCCUGUGGUCUGAUCCACACCGCAAUCCCAGCAUCAGGCUGCUGAGGUAAAAAAAAAAGGAAAAAAAAAAAGUUUGAAGGUGACUUAACAUCCUCAGACAUGGAAGUGGGGUUUGAUUCAACCAUCUGGUUGCAUUCGAGGUCUGUUUAAUUGGCACUGAAACAAAAGGGAGUAGUUUCCGAGGUUCAGCUUGUCUGGACUAGGAUGGAAAUUGGGAAUGUGUUGUCUCUGAAACAAAGGACAGAGGACUACUGAGACGAGUGCUACUUGAGUUUCUCUUUCUGGAAAAGUCUCGCAAAGCAUCAUUUAACUGAGCACAGUACAAGUUCUGCUACUACUGAUUUUGAAAAAUUGCUGCUCUUGGCUCUCCGUUUGCUCCAUUUCAAGAGCCCUUUCUGUUUGAGUAGAGUAGGGCACGGUCCAGGAGAUGAGGAUGUCAGUAUGAUCUGGAUGGCCGAUGUUAAGAUGAUGCCAAUUCUGAGCAUUAAAGCUUGUGUUGAAUUGGUAGGCAUUCAGGCAUCUGAUGAGCACCUUAUUAAUUUGCUAACUUUUGCUUGGUUUUUGUUCAAUAAUAGACUGUCUUGUGUCGUAGUACUGUACAGUUUUUCUAACUGAAAUAUGCUUUUUCAGUCUGUUUUGAAAGGAAUAACUACUGUAUUUUCCUUGAAUGAAAUAUCCAAAGAUUGAUAAUUUAACCUGUGCUUACAAAAUGAUUGACUUUUCCCACAAUUUACGUAACAAAGGUAGACUGAUAGGAUUUUAUGCUGUCUUUUGACAUAAUUGUCAGUUGAUGCAUUCAGAAGGGUUACUUAAUCCUAAGAAAAGCCAGCUGUUAAAACAGUACAAGACCACUGUGUAAAAGAGGAAAACUGCACAAAAUAGUAGGGGAGGGUGGGGUAAGAUGAGCCAUUUUUUACUUGAGUCGACCUAUAGACAAGGGAAUAUGACGCAGAAAUGCACAGAAAAGCGAAUGCAUACAACACAAGAUCAGGAUGCGUGCCAUCAAUUGAAACCUUAACAAUCGACAACAAACCCUCCAAAAAAUAAACUGAUUUGUCUACAGUUCUGAAGUCUCUAGGAUUAUGAAAUAGACAUGGAAGUCUUAAAUUGAAAGCUACUUUUAUUCUUUUUAAGGAACAUUCACAGAUUAUUUGUUUUUUACUUUCAGUGUACACUGUCAACUGUAUGUUUGAUAUAGUGGCAAAUGCUAUAAAAAAAGGCAAAUUAAGAGUGAUGUUUCUAGUCCUUCACAAAGAGGUAAAUAAAAAAUAGGGAUACAAGCACGUGUUAAGCGUCUUUCAGAACUUUGAAAAGCGCUAUAUAAAUGUGAUGUAUUAUUAUUAUUAUGACUAUGGAGCCUCUAUAUUUUUCUUCUGUAAUUACGUGCCAUGACCACUGUUAUGCUGCAUUUGAAAUACGAAAUAUAAUGUCAGUUAUUCAUGGUUGGGAUGUAGCAUUAAUUUAAACAUCAAAUAUUUGACUGAAAGUAAACCGGUGGUUCAUCUUCCCCGAGGCCCUGGUUCAUUUUCCCCUACAGCCACCAUUUUGGGAAAUGUGUCUAGUCCAGCAACCCAUAGCUACAUUUUUGCUAAUUCACUAACAUAUUUUUGCCCACUGCCAGUUCAUCAACAUAUCUGAUAUAACUUUUAAAACUGAGAUAAGCUACUUUUGAUGUGAGACUGAUUUAAAUAACUGAUAUGCCAAAAAAAAAAAUAUUGACAGGCAAAAAAAGAAGCAUAAAAAAAUAUGCUUUCCACUUCAUUCGCAUGGAAAAAUGAAAAGGGAAAAUGCAAAGUAAAUUUAGGGUCACAUGACAAAAAUGAUUUCUGGUUGCCUAGAUACAGGUGGUGGUUCAGCUUCCCUCAAUCCCCUAAUCAGUGUUGCUUACUUGUCUCCAGUAAGACCAACCAAGCACAUGUUACCUUAAACUAUGCAAAGGUUAUUCAUGAGUUAUGUAAUAUUUAUUUAUAAAGAUUUUAUUUGCCAAAAUUGAACUUGAAGAUUUGUCAUAUGGAUAAUGCAAAAUUAAAAAGUAAAAGUGAGAUGUAAUUUUUAUUUGGAAUGGUACUCUGAUGUUUACAGAAAAGAUAAGCUGAUCAGCAAGAUCACAGAUACCACUCAGAUGUGUAAUAUUGGAUAAUUUUCCUCAAUAAACAAAUUAAGUAUAA